AUGGCGGCGGGGGCAGAGAUCCGCAAGCGCGCGGCGUCCAGCGGCGGCGAUGCCUGCUCUCCGGCUGGCGGCGGGAAGCGGGCGCGGCGGGGCCCGAUCGGGAGGAUCCAGGUGCCAGGCGCGGGCGCCGGCCGCGAGCGCUGCAGAUGCUGCCUGUCGCUGUCGUCGUCGUCGUCUUCGCAUCAUCGCCCCCUGACGGCGUCUCCUCCUCAGCGCCGCGCCGCGUCGCCGGAGUACACGCCGGCGACCCCGUCGGAGUACACCCCGGCGACGCCCUCGUCGAGCACCAGCGGCAUCGUGUCCCCGUACUACACCCCGUCGACCCCGCCGGAGUACACCCCGGCGCCGGCGUGUACUCCGGCGACGCCCUCGUCGAGCACCAGCGGCAUCGUGUCCCCGUACUACACCCCGUCGACCCCGCCGGAGUACACCCCGGCGACACCGUCGAGCCCCGCCGCAUCUAUGGAGUACACCCCGGCGUCCCCCUCGUCGAGCAGCACCGCCGUGUCGCCGUACUACACACCGUCAACCCCGUCGGAUUACAGCCCGUCCACGCCGUCCAGCCGCGCCGCCAACACGGAGUACGCCCCGUCGACACGGUGA